AUGGGCGCCAUUUACGAGCCAGCCGCGCCGUCAACCCCAUGCAUCGUUGUGGCCACAACGCCGCCGCAUUCCUGUGACGCUACCCUAAUGCCUCGCUGUUUUCCACGCAAUCGAAGCGAUAGGAGGAUCUUGCGAAUCUUCCAAGCCAACGUAGGCAAGAUUCCGCCGGCACACGAUUGUGCCCUUGCGUUGGCCGACUCGGAACAAUACGACAUUAUUUUGUUGCAGGAGCCAUGGACAGGACUGAAAGAUGGCCGAUGCCUCACUAAGACGCAUCAGGCCUACGACACCUUCUCACCCGUCAACGACUGGGACGGCCGCGACACUCGCCCGAGAGUCAUGACAUACGUCCGGCGUUCCGCAGGUCUCGUCGCUGAUCAAAAGAGACCUGCGGCGACUCGUGACAUCCUUUGGCUCACCGUCAACGGCAUAACAGUCGUCAACUUCUAUCGGCAGCCGUACCACGACGGAGCCCUUGAAAUCUUGCUUCAGUGGACCGUACCGGACAAGUGUCUUGUUGCUGGUGAUUUCAAUGCCAAACAUCCCAGCUGGCAGGCCGGUCGACGAGAGGACCGCGGCGAAGAAAUAGCGUUUUGGGCAAUGGACAAUCGACUCGGCUUACUGAAUCCUGUCGAUGUCCCGACCAACGCACACGGCAAUACGGUUGAUCUCGCCUUCUGCAACAUACCUCUGGCCGACGCUGUUGUCGAGGAUCAUCUAGCAACCGGCUCCGAUCAUUUUACCCUUAGUAUCACGCUGCCAGGACAAGUUCUGGCACCCCUUCCAAUAGGAAAGAUCCAUCUCAACUCCGACGAGGAAUUGAAGCGAUUCAUUGAAUUAGUGGAGGCCGGUGCCGCCUUCAUCCCGAUCACCACGGCAUCUCCUUCCGAGCUCGACAGCUUUGCGUCGGCGCUCGUCCGUUUCAAGCUCCUCCUGCAAAUUGACGACCGAGUGUAUGAGACGCAGCUGGAAAAGGCCACCGCCUUGCGACAAGCCACUCUGGAACGGCGCACGGCGAACGACGACAUCCCAGAUCCGUGGAUCUCCGUGAACACAGAUAGGACGAUACCCUUCACCGACCGAGUCUCCGGAGGAGACCCGCGACGCCACGCUACGCACCGGGAAUACGUCCCUGGUCCCGACAAUAUUACGGUGCGGAUGCUCCGCGCUGUCUGGCAUGCGAUCGGAAGUCUCGUCCACCAGCUAUAUCAAGGCUGCCUCAGGAUUGGCCACCAUCCGAAGCCCUUCCGAGAAGCAGAAGUGGUCAUGAUUGCAAGCCGGGGCGCAGGGAUCUCUACACCCCGCGCUUGGCGCCCCUCCCUUUUGUCCUGUCUCGGCAAGGGCCUCGAGCGGCUCAUCGCACGGCGUCUAGCGUGGGCCUCGGUCCAUUUCGGCGUACUACACCCACAACAAGCCGGCGCGCUCCCGAAGAGAUCGGCCGUGGAUCUCGUUGCUGCCUUGAUUCAUGACAUCGAGGAGGCAUUUGCCUGCAAGCAGGUUGCAACAUUGGUGACUUUGGACAUUCAGGGCGCCUUCGACACAGUCCUCCGCAACAGAUUGAUCCUUCGCCUACGGGAGCAAGGGUGGCCACCGAACCUCGCGCGAUGGGUCGGCUCGUUUAUGCAAGACAGGUCGGCACGCAUCCGCUAUCAAGAUAUCGCAACGAAUUCAUCGCCUCUCCAGUGCGGGCUGCCACAGGGAUCGCCAGUCUCGCCGAUCCUCUUCCUACUGUAUACGGAACCAAUCUACCGCUUGGGCAGCUCAAAAGGGCGUUUCGGCUAUGCGGACGACACUGCCAUCCUUUGCGUCGGCGAUAGCCUGGAUGAGACGUCCGCCGAAGCAUCUCAUCAUGUGCAAGUGAUGCACUUCUCUCGAACGACGCCCAAGACGGCGCCGCCAGUGCUCCAUGGCGAAUUUGAGAAACGGCCGGGCCGGGCGAUGCGUUGGCUCGGCGUCUGGCUCGACAGCACUCUGUCUUUCAAGACUCAUGUCGAGAAAUGGACGGCCAAAGCGCAAGCAGUCGCCUUCCAUCUCAGGAGACUGACAAACACCAGGCAUGGUCCUCUACCGAGCGCUGUGCGACGAGCGGUCUGCGCUUGCGUCAUUCCAGUGCUGCUCUACGCGGCGGAGGUCUGGUAUCCUGGUUCUACGCGCCCGCGCUGGACCAAGCCGGGCAAGGAAGGACCGUCCAGGAUCGGACACCUCGUAAAGAAGAUGAGCAAGGCACUCUACACAUCUCUUCGGGCUAUCCUGCCAGUGUGGAGAACUACACCAACGAAUGUUCUGCACCGGGAGGCAGGGAUACCGCCGGUCCCUCUGCUGCUCGAGGCGCGCCGGACUGCAUUUGCUGCGCGUCUCAAAUCCCUGGACGAAGCUCAUCCGCUGCGGCGCUCCGACGAAUUGCUACCAAGCUGCCCAAGGCCUGCCUUGCUGCAGCGCGGAUUUGUCGAAGAGCAGACUGCGCCUCUGCAGAGUGCAUCGAAAAAUGAGACGGCGAAGAAAUUUCGCGAUUGGCUCCAGGCACUAUCGCCCCGAACUCUGGUCGUCUAUUCCGACGGGUCCCGUUCUACCGAAGGCCACGCCGGAUAUGGCUAUGUUGUUCAUCGGGACGGAUCCACCGUCUUGCGCGACAAGGGCCGUCUCGGGCCCGCCGAGAUUUUCGACGCUGAGGCGAAAGGCAACGAGGAGGCUGAUGCUCUGGCAAAGGCGGAGCAUCACUGCCAGAACCCGCUGAUAACGUCCCGACGCUAG